AUGUCUGCCGACUACGACGAAUGGUGGUCCAGCUCUGAAAGCGAGGCCGGGGAUAUCGGUGAGGUCAGCGACAUAGGCGAGGCUGAAGACGCCGAAGAAGGCGACAUGCUUGGCGCCGGUGGCAUGCUCAGCCGACCUACCAACUUCUACCUGCAGCUUGUCCACACAGAACACAUGCAACCAGCAGCGAUGACUGUCACUACUUCAGGCGCACCCCGCGCCAGGCCGAACGGUAGGGUGGAGAACCGCUGCUUUAUGUUCUGCGCUUCGAUUGGGCGGGAGGAGCAGAAGCUAUCGCUGGACACGCUGAAGGGGCGGCGCAAGGCCAGGGCCGAGUGCACUUUCCAGUGCACCGCCAACACCGUGGCGGACCGUGUUUUCGACAUCUACUACAACGUGCUUGACGGCCCAAAACCCUCGCGUGCGCGGCGCCACUCCAACACCAGCGGCGGCAGCACCACCAGCAGUGGCGGCAGCCGCGGAAGCACGGGGAGCGGCAGCCGCAAGCGCGCGCCCGAGACGGAGGAGGAGGACACGGCGACAGGCACACAGCGCCGGCCGGUUUGGUCGGCGGCAGUGGGGCGGGCGUCGGCGGUGGCGGGGAUUGGCGCGGCGGCGUCGGGCAUGGCAGCGGAACCCGUUAGGUCUGCCUUUGUUAGCCGACUGGACUUUGGUGAUGGUUCCUCUGCGAGGAAAGCUUCAUCGCCAUGUCACUCUUCACUUGUAUCAGGUGAAAUCUUCGGAAACAUGCUUCACAAGUCAAACGCUGCGGACUGUCCUUGCCCCAAGCACGGGUGCCACGGGUGUCGCGUCAGCAGCCGUGCCACAGCCGCUAACUCCCAGGCAGAAGAGGCUGGCGCAGCAGCACAGGACCCCAGACGUACAGCCGACAGCGAACCCGACUCGAUGUCCCAGGCGUCCCAGCCACGAGCAGCUCGAACCAGAAGUACUGCAGCUGGGGCAGGUGUCAGUGCCCCGAAUGGCACAGGACGGCGGCGACAGCCGCAACCACGGGCGCCUUCACCUCUUCCGCCGCAACCGCCAUUACCGCACCAGCAACGACAGCACAGGCAGAAUCCCCCGCAAGGUCAGCAGCAAAACUACGGGCAGCAGCAGCAGCCGCAGCCGCAGCCGCAGCAGGAGCAGGAGCAGCAUCAAGAUCAUGUAUGCAUGUGGGCCUCCGUCUUCGUAGGUGUCCAUGGUGGUGGAAACGGCGGUGGUACUGGCCCGCAAUCAGCCACCUCCCUGAGCUUAGACGACCUCCGCAAGCUGCACGGCGCGCAGCUGGCAUCGCUGGCUCGUCAAUGGGUGGAGGAGGUGGUGGCCUGGGAGCAGGGGGAGGGGCGGUGGGCUCCAUCUCCUGAUGCCACGACAGCCCCACCCUCCGCCGUAUCACCAUCGGUUCCUAACUGCGAAGGGACUGGAACGGCCCUCGUUGGAUGUCAAAUCUGGGGGUCGAGUCAGGCAGCAGCGCCAGUAUCCGCUUCAGCAGAGCUGGCUGGGGGAGGCAGUGGCGCUGGCAGUCCAAGCGCCAUCUGUCCCGGGCAGUCAUCGUUGCUGACUGCACGUCUGCCGCCAGCGGUGGCGGCGCAGCUGGCAGUGUUGACGGCGGCUGUGGAUGCCCACAUGACCCGUGGGUCGCUGGGUCACCAGGAGCUUGCGGACUUGGCGUGUGAGCACUCGCUGCGCGUGUUGGCGCCCGCCAUGGGUGUGCCCUUCAGUGUGGUGCCUCGCUUCAUGCCGGAGCUCAGGUUGAAUGAUUUCAUGUCCGAAGUGGAGUUGCGGAGGGACACCAUUUACUUAGAUGAUGGAGGAAGAGCAGUGGAGGAGUCCAGACGGACGGGUUGGCAGUCCGAGAUCGGAGCUACCUUCAGGUAUAGCGGCAAGGAGAUGCAGCCCCAGCCCGGCGGCUUGUCGACCCACAUCCGCCAGGUCCGGGACAGGCUGUGGGAGCUUACUGGUGUAAAGUACGACAGCGUACUCAUCAACUACUACGCCGACGGCAAGUGUGGGAUGCGGUACCACGUGGACCCACUGUACGACAGGUGGACCCCCAACUCGGCAGUGGUGUCGCUGGGCGAUACCCGCGCCUUCAUUUUUCGAGCUAUCAAUGACCACAACACGAGAUGGCACUACCGGGUGCGCAACGGGGACGUGGUGCUCAUGUUUGACGACUGCCAGGACCGGCUGCAGCACUGCGUGCGGGUGGAGAAGCGUGCUGCUGAUGCGGGGCCGCGCAUGUCGCUGGUGUUCAAGGAGAGACUGCGAGGACCCACGGGUCACUACCUGCUGCCGUGA